AUGCGUUAUCGGCGGGCGUGCGCUGCUGCUGCUGCUGCUGCUGCUGCUGCUGCUGUUGUCGUCAUCUUAGCUGCUCUAGGUUCUGAACAUUGUGGUCUUGGUUUGUUCAGGUGCUGUGCUAGCCUGCUAGAUGAUUACAAGCAAGAGCAGCAAAAGGCGAUGAUGAACGAGAUGGUUGGCAAGCUAACGAGCGUGUGCUGGGAUAAAUGCAUCACCAGCGCUCCCGGGAGCAAGUUCAGCUCUGGGGAAUCAACCUGCCUGACCAACUGCGCCCAGAGGUUUCUCGACAUGAGCAUGCUGAUUGCCAAACGCUUCGAGAUGCAGAGAACCCUUCAUAAAAAUGGUGAAGCUGUUCCUUAUGAUCCUAAAUACCAUGAGGAGUGGGUGAGACACAACCUACAUCGUGGUGGUGGCGGCCCAGGCUACCAAGGCGAAGGAAGCGACUGGGACGACCAAGGCAAAGGAAGCGACUGGGACGACGGAAGCGACUCGGACUACCAAGGCCAAGGAAGCGACUGGGACGACGACCAAUGA